AAAAGUUUGGCAACAGAGCAAAUGAUAAUCAAAAUCUGAGUGUUAAAAAUAUAAGCAAAUAAUCUAUUCUUUUAAAGUUUAAGGAGAAUCCCUCCAGCAGCUCGUUAAUUAUUUGUUUAAACUUUCUUAUUAUUUUUAAUUCCGUGAAUUAUAUAUUAAAGAACUAUGGGGCAAAGUCAUUCAGGUGGCGGAGGACCUGGUGGAGAAAAAAAAGAUGAUAAGGACAAAAAGAAAAAGUAUGAACCUCCUAUCCCAACUCGGGUUGGUAAAAAAAGAAAGCGCGCUAAGGGUCCAGAUACAGCAACAAAAUUACCACAGAUAACCCCACAUACAAGAUGUCGCUUAAAGUUAUUAAAACUAGAACGUGUUAAGGAUUACCUAAUGAUGGAAGAAGAAUUCAUAUUAAAUCAAGAAAGACUAAAACCCCAAGAGGAAAGAAAUGAAGAAGAAAGAUCUAGAGUAGAUGAUUUACGUGGAAGCCCUAUGUCAGUUGGCACUUUGGAAGAAAUUAUUGAUGAUAAUCAUGCUAUUGUAUCAACAUCUGUAGGAAGUGAACACUAUGUUAGUAUAUUAUCUUUUGUCGACAAAGAUCAAUUGGAACCAAGUUGUUCUGUUUUGCUUAAUCAUAAGGUGCAUGCUGUAGUUGGAGUUCUAUCAGAUGAUACUGACCCUAUGGUAACUGUUAUGAAACUAGAAAAAGCACCUCAAGAAACUUAUGGUGAUAUUGGUGGGUUAGAUCAACAAAUUCAAGAAAUUAAAGAAUCUGUUGAAUUACCUCUUACACACCCUGAAUAUUAUGAAGAAAUGGGUAUUAAACCUCCAAAAGGAGUCAUCUUAUAUGGACCUCCUGGUACUGGAAAAACUCUUCUAGCUAAAGCAGUAGCUAAUCAAACAUCUGCCACUUUCUUAAGAGUGGUUGGAUCUGAACUUAUUCAAAAGUAUUUGGGUGAUGGUCCCAAACUAGUUAGAGAAUUGUUCCGUGUUGCAGAAGAACAUGCUCCGUCUAUUGUUUUUAUUGAUGAAAUAGAUGCUGUUGGUACAAAACGAUAUGAUUCAAACUCUGGUGGUGAACGAGAAAUUCAAAGAACUAUGUUAGAAUUACUUAAUCAACUUGAUGGAUUUGAUUCCAGAGGAGAUGUUAAGGUUGUAAUGGCAACAAAUCGUAUUGAAACAUUAGAUCCUGCACUAAUUCGUCCAGGUCGUAUUGACCGAAAAAUUGAGUUCCCAUUGCCUGAUGAGAAAACUAAACGUCGUAUAUUCAAUAUUCAUACUUCAAGAAUGACAUUGGCUGAUGGAGUUAACUUACAAGAACUUAUAAUGGCAAAAGAUGACCUUUCUGGCGCUGACAUUAAAGCCAUUUGUACUGAAGCUGGUUUGAUGGCUCUCCGUGAACGUCGCAUGAAGGUAACUAAUGAAGAUUUUAAAAAAUCAAAAGAAAGUGUUUUGUACCGUAAAAAAGAAGGUACACCAGAAGGAUUAUAUUUAUAAUACUAUUUUAUGUCCUAAAUAAGUUUCUUGAAAGUAAAUGAUUUUUUAUCUAUAAUACCAGUGUAUAUGAAAUAUUAAAAUAUAUGCUCAUAAUGCUAA